CCGGCGAGUGUCGCUGCUCUUCGUUUCUUCUAUUUUAUCGUCGCUGUUUAAAUCAGCGUCACCCGCACAUACCUUGAGCUGUCGCUAGCGGCGAACAUUAGCAUAUUCCAGCCCUCUUUUCCUAUUGGUUGCUGAGCUGUCACUUAAAAUCCCUUCAUAUUUUUGGCCGCUGUUUUUUGACGCAGCGUUUUGAAAACGAACAGGGGUUAUAAGGCCUUUUUUUUGUGUAGGAUCAUCUUGUAUGGCAUUGCGAUGGUAGACUAUGAUCAAGACAAUGUGGAAGUCUACUCAAGACCAAAGAGGGGAUAGCUCGAUUGGCUUUGUACAUUACAUCUAUUGGCAGGUCAUUCAUAGUUUUCAAACGCACUUGGGGGCGUUGAUAUAUCCUAUUUAUGGACAAGGAGAACUUCCACAAGCCUUUUGCUGUAGAUCCGCUGUCAAAGGAUGCAUCUAUGUUCUCCGGAUGCCUAUUACUGCUCUGCUUUUAGACAAGGAAACUGGGGGUUACAAAGGGGUUAGACUAGCUUCGGGUCAAGAGAUAUUCAGCCAAAAGUUGAUUCUGGAUCCAUGUAUUACUCUUGGAUCGGAGUCAAUGUCGUCAUUGACUGAUCAGCAGAAGGAAACUCUUCGUGUUUUUGUCCCAAAGACGAUUAGCAGUAAGGGGAAAAUAGCUAGAGGAAUUUGUAUCAUUAGAGAUGUUCUGUGAAAGCUGAUGUAUCAAACGCUCUUGUCCCUAAAUGUAAGAUAACAUUUUGAAGACCUUUUUUUUUUUUUGUCUCUUAGCUUUGAAGACCUAGUGACGAUAUCAAAAACAACUGUUUUA